AUGUCGGAUAGCAUUCCAUUGCCUCCUCGUUAUCAUUCCAAUUCCCGACCUUCGUCUGUUCCCCCGAAGAUACCAGAGCUGACCAAGAGAUCUCCUCCGCAUCUCUUCUCAUCAUCAUCAACCGAACGUAUCCCGCGUGCUAAAUAUCCUCGCAUGGAACUGAAUCCGUCAAACGCUUCCAAUCGACGAUUUUCUGCUCCGCCCGUGCCGUCCCCCAAUCCAACUCAACCUGAUCGACGCGCUUCAUUCUCUAUCUCUGCACCUCGACAAUCCGCUCAACAGCUUGCGGCGGAAGCUCUUCUCAACAUGGCUCCUUCGUCGAACGGUCAGAAUCGAUCCGCUGAAAAAAGACCGAGCGAGAAGACCCCUCUUGUACCUGCUCCUGCUCAAUCUACCACUUCCACUCCUGCUUCUAGAUCCAAUGCAAACGCCAUGGAUGUUGAUACACCUGAAAGCGAGUCUCGUGGUGUGAAGAGAAAGGUAGUGGAAGAUGAUCCUCGAUUACCCAGUGCGGUCACUUUGGGUCUGCAUGGUAUAGACCGGGAAAGGGAACGGGCGAAAGAAAGUCGAUACUCCCACUCUCCCUUGGCUACCACCGAAGCACGACAGCCUAACCCUCCUGCUGCGAACACGUCGCGAUUGGGUCAACAACCCUCGUCCUCAGUCCUUGGUGCAUCAACCACGAACCGAUAUUCCGUUUACGGACCGACUACUCGAGAUCCUCUUGGUGGAUCUCCAUGGGGUCUCAACCCAUCUCGAUACUCUACUUUGGGUCUGCGACGUGAUCUUUCUCCAUCGGUCUCAAGCUCUGCUGCUCCCAAACCAGCUUCUCUCGACCCUCCUCAACGUGCUUCACCUGAUGUUGGUCGAGACUCUCGGUUCUACCCUGGUUCCGUCACUGGUUACGGUCAUUACUCGAUGGGUCGACGUGAGCUUACUGAACAUCGCGAACAGCUCAGAGAAGGUAAAAGAUGGUUGGAAGCGAUGUUGUCCAAAACCGAAAAGAUGUUACAUAUGGUUGAGAAUAAGAUGGCUUUGACCGGUGAAAUGGGUCCUUCAGCUGGGGCCGCCAAACCUUCGACUGCCACUGUUGGAGGACGUCAUGCGGACGACUGGGAAUUUGAAGAACGGGAGAGGCUCAGACAGAAGGAGAUCCAGCGUCUCGAGAGAGAAAGGGAGAUGGAUAGGGUCGAAAGGGAGAAGAGAGGGUUAGAACGCGAGAGGGAAUUACAAAGGGAAAGAGAACGUGAUAGGAUUGGUGUCAAUGCCAAUGCGGGUGUAACAUCUGAUUCUGGUCCAGGAGGUCGAAGGGAUAAUAAAUCUGAAGCUGAACGUAAUCGGGAUCUGCUCUUGGCUUCCAGGAGAGUCACUGCCGUUUCACCUAAUCCAUCUACCUCUUCAUCAACAUCUCGACAACAAAACUCAAAUAGCAAUGGACCAUCUGCUACAGCCGGAGGUAACAAUGCCUCAUCAGCUAAUUCCACACCUAACAAUAGAGAAACAAAUAAUAAUAAUAAUGGUGGAAGUGGUACGAGGGAUGGCAAAGGAAGCAAUGGCAGUAGUCCAUGGGAAGGUGAACCCAUUUUAGGUGGGGUGGCAUUACCACGAAGAGAACAGCAGAGUUCGUUGAGUCGAGCUUUGGGUAGAGGAUUAUGGAGUUUUGAUGUGAGAGGUUAG